AGAAGAAAGAAAAGGAGAAGAUAUUAACUCCAAAUUUAUGUUUUCGCUUAUAAAAAAAAAAACUCCAAAUUUUCAUAUCAGCCGAUAAAACUACUAUCGGUUUUAAAUUGGCCAGAACUUACAUAACGACAUAGUAAAACAUGUCGUUUUGACAUACACUACAUUCCAAGUUUUCACUUUUCACAACCUUUCUCGACGCUAUAGAAUGUGAGUGAAGAUGAUGAAGAGGAAGAGAGAAGAGAAGAACGAGUGUAUGGACAUCGUAUGGCAAACCCCAGCAAAUCCCCCGCUACCGCAAGACUACAUCUUCCGAAACGGGAUUCGAUUCGUUAGACCAUACUACUUCGAAUUCAUCGCUCAUGUGAAGAAUCGAUGGGCUGGGAAAACCAUUGUGGAUUUGUUUGCUGAAGAGUUUAAAGGUCGACCUUAUGAAUAUUAUGUUAGUGCAGUGAAAUGUGGAAGGAUUCAAGUUGAUGGUGAAAUGGUGCCGGUUUCGUAUGUGGUUAAAUCAUCUCAAAAGAUAAGCCAUUUUUUACACAGGCAUGAACCACCUGUGAUGGCUUGUGAGGUUCCUAUUCUUCAAAAAGAAUCAGAUGUGCUAACUGUUUGUAAACCGGCGUCUGUCCCCGUUCAUCCAUGUGGUCAAUAUCGCAAGAACACUGUUGUUGGCAUCCUUCAAGCAGAGCAUGGACUGGCGCCUCUGUUUCCUAUCCAUCGACUGGAUCGCCUUGUCUCUGGGCUCCUUAUUAUAGCCAGAAAUGCCACAAAAGCUGACAGUUUUAGGCAGGAGAUUGAAGCUGGCUUAGUCAAGAAACAAUAUAUUGCAAAAGUAGUUGGAGAAUUUCCCAAGGAUGAGCUAAUUGUUGAUGCCAAUAUAGACUAUAAUGCUCGAGAAGGAAGGAGCACAGCAGAGGUCAGAGACUCUGCAAAGGGGAAGGUUUCCUCUACAAAAUUUACUCGGAUUAGUAGCAAUGGUACUCAUAGUAUUGUUUUAUGUGAACCAGUCACUGGCCGCACCCAUCAGAUACGCGUCCAUUUACAGUAUUCUGGACACCCAAUAGCCAAUGACAUGUUGUACAUCUCAGAGCAACCCGUUGAUCGGUCUAUUAAUGGGUCAACUGCUGAUAGAUCGGCUCGCAUAUCUGAUGUUUCUUUGACAUCAAAUUUGGGUGAAGAAUUGCCCAGCGAAUGUCAAGAAAAUUCCAACGAGGAUUUUAGCCUUGAUCCCAUGUGUACGAAUUGUCCAAAUUUGGCACCAAAUGGAUAUGAUGCAGAUGAAGAAGGUUUGUGGUUACAUUGUAUGCGGUACUCUGGACCUGGAUGGACGUAUGAAUGCCCAUAUCCUGAUUGGGCAAAACUUUAACUAGUUGCUGCUGAAAUAUAUUUUUCUUGGGCACUGCAAACAAAUAUACAGACAACACUUUAUCCAAAUAUUCAACCUAUUACACUUUGGUUGAUCCCAAGUUAUGUAUACGCCAUGCAAGUUUUUUGUAUCUGACCUAUGCAGGUUUGUGAGCUGGUUAUAGUCUUGCUAUUAUCCAGGCACAAUGGAGAGGAAAUAGAAUAAUCCUUAUUAUUCUUUAGUCCCUUUCAUAGUGAGAGAAAGAAUGAAAAGAAGAGACAUUUUUCUUUUAAAGAUGAUCAUAUAUUUUGUUGGGGCAACUUUAUUCUCAAUUUUGGUCAAACCAUGUCUUAACUAAACUUGAAUGCAUUGCAUUUGGAGGUAACGGGUGGAACAGAGAAUAUGUUGUUAACAAUUACCUGUACCUGGAACAGAGAACAUGUUUUACAAGGAAUAUGUUGUAACAAUUACCUGUACCUGGAGCUUAUGGACCAAUUCAAUUUCAAAAACAGGACACUGUUUGUGAUUCACAUUUUUUCUUCUUUUGUAUACUGUUCAGCUUAAGUUUGUUUAGUCAAGAUUAGUUACUGAACAUGAAGUGUAUCCCAAACGAAUUUUAUUAAUAAUAUUAGGUGUUUAAAUCUA